AUGUCAGAUAGCAUCAAAGUUGCCGUUCGAUUAAGGAAACCGUCAGACACAGAGUCUGAAAAUUUCGUAGUGGCUCGUGUGCAAUUAGAUAACUAUAUAGAUAUCCAAUCCAAUAGGAAAGAUGAGUCAAAACGGUUCAAAUUUGACUACUGUGCAACUUACCUUGACGAUGCAAACCAGGAUCAGGAACAAGUCUAUAACUGCUUAGCUAGAGAGUAUCUGCUGCACGCUUUAGAUGGCUAUAACACCUGCAUUUUUGCAUAUGGCCAAACAGGGUCCGGGAAAUCUCAUACAAUGUCAGGAUGCUCUGAGAGUCCGGGAAUCGUACCAAGAAUGUGCAGAGAGCUUUUUGAAGUACGCGACCUUUACGAACUGUCUGAUGAGCAGGUGAGCCCGCAAUUCAGCAUCAAGUGCUCUUAUUUCGAGAUCUACAACGAAACUGUGCGGGACCUCCUGGGCGAAUGCAAGUGCAAGAUACGAGAAAGAGCUGACAAGACAACGUUUGUGGAAGGGCUUAAAGAGUUCGAGGUUUUUGAAGUCAGUGAUAUGCUGGGGUUUUUCAAACAGGGCAACGAAAGGAGAGUCGUGGGGGCAACUCACGUUAAUGGACAGUCCAGUCGCAGCCAUGCAAUCUUCACGAUUCAGAUCGAGCAGCGAGAAACUACGCCACUAGGUCACAUCCUGGAACGCAAGUCUAGUAUAAAAUUGAUCGAUCUAGCUGGCAGCGAAAGGGCAACAGCGUCCAAGACUUCUGGAGAUCAUCUGAAAGAGGGCGCCAACAUCAACAAGUCUCUAAGCACAUUGGGAAGAGUCAUAUCGAUGCUUGCAAAGACAAAGAAACCUCUUUUGAUACCCUACCGAGAUGCAGCGUUAACUUGGGUUUUGAAAGAGAAUUUGGGCGGCAACAGCAAGACAUGUAUGAUCGCCUGUGUGUCACCGUGCGACUACGAGGAGACAAUGUCCACGAUCCGAUACGCAACCCUUGCGCGCAGCGUGAAGACGUCUGCAAAACUGAAUUCCAACGAACUUUUCGAUGGAAAAGAACAGGUUCAAGUCUUGAGAUCUCAGCUCGAAGAAUUGCGAAAAGCGCUUUCACAGGUGGAAAACCAGCGCGCUAUUGAUGAUAAAAUCGAAAAGAUCCAUCUCACCAAUCAGUUUCUUGAGGCUCGAAUUGAGCGCGAGCAGAAGCUGACCACGGGCUAUUACGAUCAGUGGGUUCAAGCAGCUCAGUCGCGAGAUAGAUUAAUGCAGCUCUUAGCAGGUAUAGUGAGCAGCGUGCAGGACACGCAAGUGAGUGGGUUAAGAGAGAAAGUGAAGAGGCUCAAACUCAGAUCCACAGAGUUAGGGGAAAAGAUUCAGGCCAAUUAUAGCGCAACGAGAUCUAUUACGAGUGGCCCUCCUUGCGUGAUGGCAGGCCCAUUGUCAAAUGGUACGCGCGACAGUGCCAAAAACGGGACCAUUUACGAAUGA